CGUGGGGAUCUUCUUCUUCACAAAGUCUCGCCUUUUCGUGCUCUUUCUGAUGGCGAGCUGCUUUUCUGCCUGCUGGCCAUGGGCCAAGAGGCCUGCGUCAGCUCAACGGCGGACCUCAACUGAUUCCAGAGGGAAAGGAUCGAACCGGCAGAGCUUCUUUAAUCUCUCACACACCAAGAAAACGGAGGGGAACAAGUCAAAUGCCAUACCGAAGGGCCCCUCGGUCCUGGACAAGGUGCUGCGGGUGGUGGGCUCAAGGAAGGAGGAGCCCUUGGCCGCCAUGAGCGAGUGGAUGGAAAAGACGGCGGACCCGCAGGUAGUCUCCAGAGAGGCCAUAAUCUUGGUCUUGGUCGGUCUACCUGCGCGUGGGAAGUCCUUCAUCUGUGGCGCAGUGGUGAGGCACCUGAAGUUGUUGGGCGUGCGGGUGCGGAGCUUCAAUGCUGGUGAGCUAAGACGGGAGACUGGGAAGGCUGGCAUCGAGGCCGACUUCUUUUCCUCCUCCAAUCUGGAGGCCUUUAAGGAGCGUGAACGCUUGGCCAUGCUCUGCUGUCAGCGGCUCUUGGAGUGGAUCCAGGCAGCUCCACCAGGUACAUCUUCCAUCGGCAUUUUGGAUGCCACCAACACCACCCUCCUGCGUCGGCAACGAGUCCUCGAGACGUGCUUUGCAGCAGCGCAAGAGGCACACCACGAUGAAAAGUCCGCGCCGCUUCGGGUGAUCUUCCUGGAAUCGCUCUGCAGCGAUCCCAAGAUAUUGCAGGACAACUACCAGAUGAAGCUGAGCAAUGACGACUACAAAGGUGCCGAAAGCAGCGCCGCCUUGGAUGAUUUCAAGAAACGUGUUGAAGCCUAUGAGGCACAGUACGAGCCUUUGCAGGAGGGCGAAUUGGACUUCACGCAGAACCGGCCCAGCGAUGCGGCGAUGCCGGUGGGCUCCGUGCAGAUCUACGACGGAGGGCAAAAGAUCACAUGCUGUCGAACUGGGAGUUCCCUGGUGGCGGCGCCGCUGAUCUCCCUCUUGCACGCGAUGCACCUCACCAGGCGACAAAUCUUGCUGGCGCCGGAGUCCAAUAGCGCGGGUCAGGGUUUGCCUCCGCAGAGCUUCGUUGAGAUUCUCAAGAACGAAGAAGAGAAGGAGGGGCGGAUCAUGGACGUGAUCUGUGGGGCUUCGAAGCAUGCGGUGCGGAUCGCGCAGGAGCUUUCAAAGGUGCCUUCUGUGCCUUCUGCCUCCGGCGUCGCUGCGGGCGCCCCGCGUGGCCGUCCCCGCUGUGUGCUGAAUCUCCGGGCGCUGCAGGGCCGCUCCGCGGACGGCGCCGCCGACGGUGCGGCGACGGCGGAGAGCUAUGCAGACCUGGUAAGACGGAUGCGGGUGGAGGUGCUCCUGCUGCUGGAGCGCCUGCCACGAUCAGUCCUUGUCAUUUGCCCCGGUGAGGAUGUGCGCAGGGUGCUCUUCGCCCACUUCUGCGGCUGCUCCGAGGUGGAUGUGAACCAUGGCACUCUGGGGUGCCUCCGCUCGCCGCUGGGUCCCUCCGGUGCCAUCAACCACCAUCUCUCUCUCCCUGGGUCUUGGUGCCAGAAAUCCAUUGCGGACCUGGAGAUGCCCAGCUGGGCAGUCCUCGAGCUCACGCGGGACCACAAGGGCUAUUCCUGUGAAGAGUUGGAACUUCAACAACAGCCGCGGCACAGCCUCAGUGGCCGACGCCUCUCCGCCUGAGCGUCCGAUCGGACGCUGGAUGGACUGAGGGCGCCAUGCUGGGAGGAAGACAAAGCACGUAGGACUUCAGCACUGCUGGAAGGACUUACACUCCCUGGAAUCCAUCCAUG